UGUGAUUGCAACUGCUAAAAAUUCAAAUAGUUUCAACUCUUGGAAGUUGGAAUGAGUUUUGUGUUUACUGUAUGUCUGUAUUACUGUUCGUGGAUUAAAAAUAUUGCAGCAUUAAAGAAAUUACCAUUUAUUGCCCUGCACUGUUGGUUAUAUUAUGGUGGAUGCCCGCUGACCGCCUAUGCCACAUAGUGCUAAGUACAGUACCAUUACUGUAGUCAAAUGCUCAAAGAAUAGUGUACAAUUGCCCGUCAUGUCUGAUGUUUAACUGAGUUAGUAACACCGUGUUUUGAAUAUAACCGCAGAUACGCUUCACAGUACACAGCUCCGCUAGUACAGUGAUCGUAUGAUAAUAAAGUCUAUUAUAGCUGUUAUACAUAAGUACGGAGUCAAGGUACUUUUUUAACGUGAAAAGAAGCAAACCAUUUGAAUCGCAAUUAUGGGUUCGCAAGACACUGAACUGGGACUCCAGUCUUUGUUAUUAGACGAAAAGUCCAAGAUGAAAGAAAUACUGCCAAACAUAAAACCAAGCAAUAUUUUAGAGAAGGUUGAAGAUACACGUCUCAAUGGCAUCGACUACUUUGAUCCAUUCCUUGCCAGAAACUUGGAACACCCAACCACCAACGGCGAGACACUGACUCAUUUACUCAAAGCGUGUCUAGGAACUGGCAUAUUGGCCAUGCCGCUAGCUUUCCAGUGCUCAGGACUUAUAACUGGCAUAUUCGCAACAGUGUUUGUAUCAUUGGUAUGCACAUAUUGCUCAUAUUUACUGGUGAAAUGUGCUCACACGCUCUACUGGCGAACAAAAGUGUCAUCCAUGAGUUACGCAGAUGUGGCUGAAGUGGCGUUUGCCAACGGACCUGAGUGGUCUCGAAAGUUCUCGUCGCUAACCAGGCAGUCUGUGCUCUGGCUGCUGUUUGUCACAUACUUCGGAACAUGUAGCGUGUACACAGUGAUCAUCGCCUCAAACUUUCAACAGCUGUUCACAUACCACAUGGGUUACGAGCUUAACAUCCGGUAUUUCAUUAUGAUACUGCUGAUACCGCUUAUAUUGCUGAGUUACGUGCCCAAUCUCAAGCAUUUGGCGCCCGUAUCUAUGGUGGCCAACCUGUUGAUGGCCUCUGGACUAGGUGUCGCAUUCUACUAUACGCUGUGUAAUGUACCUAAUAUUUCAGAAAGGCCGGCCGUGGGGACAUUUGAAACGUUCCCAACAUUCUUCUGUCUCACCGUAUUUGCCAUGGAAGCCAUUGGAGUGGUGAUGCCAUUGGAGAACAAUAUGAAAACACCCAGGGACUUUUUGGGAGUUUUUGGUAUGUUAAACAUUGGUAUGGGAGGCGUGACCAUUGUGUACAUUCUGCUUGGUUUUUUCGGUUACUUGAAGUACGGUGAAGCAACAAAAUCGAGUAUAACGCUAAACCUACCCACUGAGGACGUUGCUGCACAAGUGGCUAAAAUAUGCAUUAGCUUAGCCGUGUUCUGCACAUACGGUCUACAGUUCUUUGUUUGCUUGGAAAUCAUGUGGACGAAAAUCAAGGAAAACUUUGAAAAAGCCACAGCCUAUCACAAUUAUGUCUUGAGAACAGUUCUUGUGACCAUGUCUGUGGCAAUCGCAGUGGCUGUACCGACAAUUGGUCCAUUCAUUGGGCUCAUUGGAGCCUUCUGUUUCUCGCUGCUUGGCAUAAUUAUGCCUGUGGUUAUAGAGUUCACAACAUAUUGGGACAAUGUAACUGUUUGGAUGACUGUUCGAAACACAGUACUGAUCGCCGUUGGCAUAAUGGCACUGAUAUUUGGCACGGUCAACAGCAUUGCUGAUAUCAUCACCACAUACUAGCCCGACACAACCCAGCCAGUUAUGUCCACCAUCAAUUCCACUCUAAUUCAUUUAAACUAUUACAGGGAGUUCUUAAUAACGGAAAAAUCAGUUGGUACGAAGUGAUUCCGUUUUAAGAAAGACUUACUGUAUUAUAAAAAUUUAAAUAUCAAUCUAAUAAUAUAGGCAUUUAAUAUAAUUGUAUAAUUAUGCUCU